UGUUACUCUAAAAGCCACUCUCCGCUUCCACGCCGGAAGCUCCACCUCCCGCAGCGGAAGAGGCGUGACCUGGCCCUCGCCUCGCUAUGUCAACGAACAAUAUGUCGGAUCCACGGAGGCCGAACAAAGUGCUGAGGUACAAGCCCCCGCCCAGCGAGUGUAACCCGGCCCUGGACGACCCGACGCCGGACUACAUGAACCUGCUGGGCAUGAUCUUCAGCAUGUGCGGCCUCAUGCUUAAGCUGAAGUGGUGUGCUUGGGUGGCCGUCUACUGCUCCUUCAUCAGCUUUGCCAACUCCCGGAGCUCAGAGGACACUAAGCAAAUGAUGAGUAGCUUCAUGCUCUCCAUCUCUGCGGUGGUGAUGUCUUAUCUGCAGAAUCCUCAGCCCAUGACGCCCCCCUGGUGAUGUCAGCCUAGAGGGGUCACAUCCUGCACCCCCUCCAUCCGCCUUCCUCCAAGGCUUGGCCUUUGGCUGGUCAGCUUCUUGCCCUCAGUGGCUGUCCUGGAUUUCCCUGAAUGAGGUGGUCUCAGGAGGCCCAGUUGUGGGUAGAGCCUGGCCCUUUCCCUGGGGGGAGGUGUCCCCCACUUUUGCUGGGGGCCUAGAGGGACAUACCCUAGGCCUACCCCUCUGCCUCCCCUACCCUGCCUGCCACUGGGGGAGAUGCUUUCCUUGUUUCUAGGUGUAUUCAUUUGUCUUGUUGUUGUUGAAACCUGUUAAAUAAAAAAGUUUUUCACUUGGGC